UUCAUUUAAUUCAUCUCAUUAGUCAUUAUUCGGCUUUUUCGUAGUUGUAUUAGCCAUUAAUUUUUUUUUAAAAAGAGUAUUAUUAAUUUUUGUAAGACGCUAAUCGAAAUUAAAAAAAUGACUACUUGGUUACCAUUGGAAUCAAAUCCUGAUGUUAUGAAUAAUUUUUUAAGAAAACUGGGCGUUUCUGAUGAAUGGUCAAUUGUUGAUGUGUACGGUCUCGAACCCGAAAUGCUUGAAUGGGUGCCAAAACCUGUCAAAGCUGUAAUAUUACUUUUCCCGGUAUCAGAAGCUUACGAAAAGCAUCGAAAAGAACAAGAUGAAGAAAUGAAGAAAGAACCACCGAAACCAGUAGAAGAUUUGUUUUAUAUGAAACAAAUAAUACAUAAUGCAUGUGGUACCAUAGCUUUGGUUCACAGCAUAGCAAACAACAAAGAUAUUCACUUAAAGGAAGGGAUUCUAAAGAACUACUUGGAUUCAGCUCGUGGUCUUAAUCCAGAUGAAAGAGGAAAAAUGUUAGAGAAUGACCCAACAUUUACACAAACUCAUGAAGAAGUUGCGCAGGAAGGUCAAACAGCGGCGGAUCCAGAGAUGCAAGUGAAUCAUCACUUUAUAGCUCUAAUUAAUAAAGAUGGUACUCUUUACGAAUUGGAUGGAAGAAAAUCAUUUCCAGUGGAACAUGGAUCUACAAAUGAAACUUCAUUUUUGAAGGAUGCUGCAAAGGUUUGCAAAGAAUUUAUGGCGCGCGAUCCAAAUGAAGUACGUUUUACAAUCGUUGCAUUAACACCCACCCAAAUGUAAAGUAAUUGCAAACAAAAUUCAAGGCUUUAGCAUGUGGCCUUUAUUUUUUCAAUUGGAUAAACCUAUUGCUUUACUUUCUCAAUUAAAUCGCUUAUUUUGAAUUUUUUUUUUUUGCAAUUUUGUAAAAGACUUUGCAAAAUUUUUGUGAUAUUCCUUUUCUAAAUAUUGAAAUAAAUUAUUAAAGCUUUGAAGCUUUUAAGCAAAGAAA